AUGCUUCAGUUUGCCAAGAAGAACCAUAUACGAGUCCGAGGGCACAAUGUGUUAUGGGAAGAUCCCAAGUUUCAGCAAGGGUGGAUCAAUUCACUCUCUUCAAAUAAUCUUUCCAAGGUCUCCAUGGAUAGGAUCAACUCCAUAAUUUCAAGGUACAGAGGGCAAGUCAUUGGCUGGGUGCACUUCAAUGUCUUUCAGAGCAAAUUAGGGCAAAAUGCAUCUGCAGUUUUCUAUAACUUGCCUCAGAAGAUUGAUAGAACUUCGGCAUUGUUCUUGAACGACUAUAAUACCAUUGAAGACUGUAUAGAUGCUGAUUCUACACUAGCUAAGUACCCGCGAAAGCUGAGAGCUAUUAAGGCAUUUCCUGGUAUUGGAAAUUUGAAAUUGGGUAUUGAACUUGAAUCCCAUUUCAGUAGUGCUGCUCCAAAUCUUGCUUAUAUGAGGGCUUCCAUUGAUACACUUGCGGCUACCAAGUUGCCCAUUUGGCUCGGAGAAGUACAUGUUCAAAGCGGCCCCUAUCAGGUGAUAAGAUUUUAA